AUGUCUUGGCUUACGAAAGUGUCACAUAUUGCUGGUCGUGCCGAAGAUUUGCUCAACCAAAUUGACCAAAACGCUGCUGUCGCAUUAAGAAACACGAGAAAAGGUAAGAGUGAUUCAGCAGUGAGUCUGAUUGACAAUGAAGGGCAGGGAACAAAGAAAUUGGAAAAACCUCAGUCAGGGAUUGUAGAAGCAGCAACUAUGCAUCAAAUAAGCACUUCUAAGGGAACUUAUGGAUUUGUUUCAUUUAAUGACUCACUAGUUGUUUCCGUUUCGUAUCACUUCGUCAAGCCGAAUUUGCAACAGAAAAAAGACGAUGAAUUGAUCGCUUAUCUAAAUAAUUCAAAUGAACCAACAUCAAGCCGCUGUUCUUCCGUAGCGAGUUGUUUUUCAGCAGCGAACUCUCACCUUGCGAAUGUCAACCAAACAACACCCGAAGCAUAUACAAGUGAGGAAUAUUUAAAGACGCAGUAUUCGGAUACUGUGAAAUGUUUGGAUAUAAAAGAAAGUCAGAUAGCUGUAUUGUCUGUUCGAUUGCAGGAAGCAGAGGAAGUCAAAAUCAAAAAGAAUGCCCAGAUAGCAGAACUCACUAAAGAGUUGAAGUUAAUAAAGAAGGAACUGGAAGCAAAAAAUGGCAACAUCGUUAAUGAUCAGUCAUUCAGUUUGAAAAAACUCCAACGUGAGCAUGAUAGAGAAAAAGAAGAAUUCAAAAAACGAGAGGAAAGUUAUGUGAAACGUUUAAAAUCAGCCAAUAAUGAAAAUUCGGAGAACGAGAAAGAAUUGCAAAAACUGAGAACAAAAAUUCUGAAGAUGGAAGUUAAUGAACAGAAUUUGAUGGAAGAGAUGAGGCUUGCGAAGUGUAAUCUAGAAACGAACAAACAUGAAUUUGAUGAAUAUAAACAAAGAGCCCAAAAAAUUUUGUCUGCGAAGGAAAAUCUUUUAGCGUCUUUGAAAGAGAAUUCUUCUAUUGGAUCAGAAAGUGUGAUAAACAGUGUCGAACUAGAAGAAUUGCGAUGUGAACUUGAUCUAUUAAAGGAUGAUCUUCAGCAGUCGCAGUUUGUCAUCUAUAAUCUUAAAGGAGACAUACAGGAAAUGGAAAAUAGAUUACGUGAUGAACAGCGAGCUUCUGGAGCACAAAGAGAAAACCUUUUAAAUCAGAUACACCACCAUUUAUCUCAGGCAAACCAAUACAGAGAGCAAAUGGAAAGAACUCAGCUAGAAUACGAUUUUUUACAAGCGGAAAUGCGUAGACAGGAAGAAGCAAUUGAAAGAAAACUUGCUGAAAAAGAUAUAGAACUAGCGAAACUAAUGGAAGAAAAGAAGACGAGUAAACGAUACGAAAUUGGUGAAAUGGAGCAGAAAAUUUCGCUUUUAAGUGAAAAACUGAUUUCGAAGCAAACAGCUAUCGAAAGGAUUGAAAGUGAAAAAAGAGCACUUGAGUUGCGGCUUAAACACACUGAAUAUGCAUGCAGAAGUGCUGAAACAGCUGCAGUUAAAGCAGUUACGAUUGAAAUGCGAGGGAGUGGCGUCAAUGUAAGCGGUCAGAGUUCCUCGUCACUUACAAUUUCACACGCGGAUAACAUGCUUAUUCGAACUGCUAAACUUGCAGUUUGUACUUUUGAUCAUCUCGGGUUACGUCUUGCAGUAUUUAUGCGUAGCCCUAUGUUCCGUUUCUUUUUCUUCAUGUAUUUCCUACUUUUACACACAUGGCUAAACCUGGAUGACUGCCAUGAUAAAAUAGCAUUCGUGACUGAAGAUCAGCGCACUAAUCGUAUUUCGAAAAUCAGAAUUGAGGGGAAGAACGUUGUUGCAUUUCUCGGGCUGCGUUAUAUUGAGGAUCAGGCAAUAUUGGCUAUUGUAGAUAGAAAUCAAAGAUUAAAUUGGUUACCGCAUUGUUUUCAUGCUCGAUUUGUGGCUGGUGCGUUGGGAUUAAUGGAUUCUGUGGUGCCAAUUCCUCAGUCUUUACGUCCAAUUGCACACUAUGUAAAAAUAGGCGCUGAAAAUGCAGGUCGUGAUCCGAUCAUCCAUUAUUGGUGUCUGUUUUAUGCUGUACAAAGUGGGAUGGAUAUAGACAAGAAGUCUCCAGAAGCUCUGCAAUACCUUACAUCAUUGCUUUCAAUAUUGGAAGAUAUGAAGAAGAAAUUAGAUGGACAAGAAGCACUGACGCAGGAUUUGGUAGCUCAAGCCCAUAUCGAAAAUUUUGCAGUGAAACUGUUCGAUUAUGCGGACAAAAAUGAUCGGCAGUCGAAUUUUACGAAAGGUGUUAUCAAGGCUUUUUAUGUGGCCGGACAUUUAAUCGAUGUUUUAACCCUUUUUGGAGAACUGGAUGAGAAUCUCAUUGCAACCAGAAAGUACGCUAAGUGGAAGGCUGCAUACAUACACAGUUGUAUGAAAAAUGGCGAGACCCCGAAACCUGGAUCAAGUGGUGGUCAAGUUGGUGAUCUGAAAGAUUUUGAUAUGACAAUCCCUCAAACUGAAACGAGAGAAGAGCCUCAGUCUACUGCGAGUGGACCUGUUCAACCUAGCAUUCUACCCAAUCCUGUCGCUUGUUCGCAUACAGUUUUGGAUUCAGCCCCAGUGGUAGAAACAUAUGAGACGUUACAUAUCCCCGAUACUAUGAGAACAUCGCAGGAAGUGUCUGAGAAUAGUAAUAGUGGAAGAUUAACCCUAGAUGAUUAUAUGGAAGCGCAGAAGUAUGCCAAAUAUGCCGUAAGUGCAUUGAGUUAUGAAGAUUCUAAGACGGCUAUAGAAAGUAUGUUGAAAGCACUUGCAAUCUUGAAAAAAUGA